AUGGCAUCCCGCGUCGCCGCAUCGGUAUGAACGACAUCCGAUCAUUCUCCAAGACCCACUGGGCGACGCCUCGAGCAAGGAAGCCGGGACGCUCCCGGGGCUUCGCUCUCCGGCGACGCACCCCUCCCUGGCGAGGCGCGAGAUCGACGCCAUCCGUUUCUUUAGAUUCGGUGUUCUCGUCGCCCAUCUCGGGUCCAUCGUCGCCUCUGCCCCUCAUCAACCCCUUGAGGCGCUCCCCUGCUUCGAUCUCCUCUCCGAGCUCAUCGCUGCCAAGAAGACGAGCCCAAGCGAUUGGGUUUAGAAGAUAGCAACUGCCGGUGGUUUCUCCACUCCAGUUUUACAGUUCUUGAUGUGGAAGAUGGCGUAAAUCCUCCAAUCUUGGAUUUCGGGUGCAAUGUGGAGUUCUCGCUGGUUCUUGCAUGAAUAAAUUCGGAAACUCCAAUAUGGAAGUUCUUGAUCUUCGACUGGAAUUCGAGCUUUAUCGUUUUCAAAUCUCGGCCACCGAUCCGAUAAAGAUCUCAGAUAUAUAGUAAUCUAGAGCCAUUCAAAUUCACAAAUUUGGCUAAUCGACUCGUCUAGGAUUGGGGCCUGCAAUGCAAGAGUUGGGGUUAGAGAGUACAAGGGUCCAUCACUACUUCGUUGCCCUUCUAGAACAGCAUUACUGAUGACCAGAAACUUUUCUUUGUGCGUAUGCAUAUAUUUUAUUCUUGACCUUUAUGACUAUGUUGCAUUGCAGGGUACUGAUAUGAAAUUGCACUUUGCCUUCACCUGUAUGAUUUUUACCUUCGUUACCUGCUCUUGCAUUGCGGGAAUCUGUACAACAGUGGCAAAGGAAGUGUGAGGAUUCUCUUUUCUCUUUACUUAUUCUUGCGGCUUGACACCCUGGCUGGUGCUUGGCAUCGUCAGCAAUGAGGAGAGUUAUUGCUAGAGGGGAUGGUAUUUCUAUAUUCUCCUCCAAGGUUGGCUUGCUGAUGGUAAAAGAAGUGAGUGAAGAUAGAUAUCCACAUAUGGGUGCAUGUCUCUUCAUUCCUUAUUUCCCCACCAAAGGCAGCCCUAGUAGCCAGAGUACUCCAAGCUUGACAUGUUUCUGCUGUUUGAUAUGCCAUAAGCACCUCUUCUGGCUCUCUUCUCUUGGAGGCUGGCCUGCGAUUUUGACAAGCAACGUUGUUCAUUGGGAUCUGAGCCGCAUGUUUUCUUUGAUUUUAUGCCCACUCAAUGACAUUAAAGACAUGUAUUAUCCAUCUUUUGCCGAAUGGGUUGCAUGCAAGAUCAAAAUAAGACUUUUGGCUGCCCAUGCAUCCAUUAAGUGUUAUGUGUAUCAGUUCUUGAGGAACUGAAAAGUGUUCCAGAUGAGUAUCUGCAGUUGGUGCCUUUAUUUCCUACUAGCUCGAUAAUUUUGGGAGAGUACUGGAUCAGCAUCCUCAAGGACAUAGUUAUAUGUGCUUCGGCUUGCAUUCAGAAUCUAUUGUAAGAACUAUUCCUUAUGUAACAGAAUAUAUGUGCUUGUUUCUCCAGGAAGGUGUUAUGUUAUCUCCUUUAUUUUGAGAAAAUUUUUCAGAAAAUUAGUAAUUGUUAUGCUAUCUCCUUAUAUUUUGAGAGGAUAUGAUUUCUUAAACAUUAAAAUGGCCACAACCAUAAAUCUAAAGUAUAAGGCUCUUCAUCAUUAUACAAACUCCAGAAUUAGCUCAAAGAUACAAAAUCAUAUGACUACCCACUAACUUUGAUACCUUCAUCCUUAAAGUGCUUAGAACAACAAAAGCCACUUCUAACAUUGUUAUCACAGCAUUUAUCUGAAAAUACUAUACCAUGAAUCUGGAAUCCAUAUGUUUAUUGGCUAUAAUUUAGAUCCAUGUAGGUGUAUUCAAAUCUGGUUCAUUGCCAUCCUUAAUUUGAAUAUGAGCCUUCAAGUUACCAAUGCCAAUUUUUUCUUUAAGCAACUUGCUUAUGCCUGCCUUCUUGCCAGGCAGCACUUAGAUUCUAUUUCCUCUUAACUGUCCUAAGGACAUGUUCCUGAAAAUGUGCAUGGUAGCUUGGAUUAAGCGGGUUUAAGAAGGAUCAGGUCUCAAACCAAUCACUUGCCCAUGUGCAAGAGAGAGAGGUUCUGUUCCUCAAUCCAAAAUACAACUACAGAGUUAGAGAGGUAAAAGCUUUUAGGCAAAUCCCAAGUGAUCAACAAGAAGCAACCAUGUAGGCCCUGCAAACAACUUUCUAGACACUCAUUGACUACAAACUUGGCCAAAUAAAUCCAAUACCCCAAUGCUGCUUUUAAGUACCACGGCACAAAA